UUACAUGUCAGUUGCAUGCAUGGGCGCCAUGUUGAUGAUGCGUGUGUCGUCACACAAAACACAAGCUCGGGAACUCGUUGUUCUAUACUUCCGCCAGAGAUCAACCUCGAUAAUUAUCGAUCUGACAUUGCGUCACCAAAUGUUCACUCCCACUUUCCCGAGGUUUUAGGUCGGCUUUCUGGGGAUUCUCGACUUUUUGAACGAGGUAUUUGAUCUACCAGUGCAAUGACUAUAUCAUCACAGUGGUCACUGCAGUCAUCAGAGUAGUAGUAUCAGAUCCUCGUACCUUUCUGCUAUUCAAAAUUGAUGCUGUAGAUAAAUGGAGAGACUUGUCGUUUUAGUUUUGCUUUUGUAUCAGAGACUAGAUGUCACCACAGCAUUCCACCUGUCCCUGGGAGAACACGAAGGGACUGAAUCCAAAUAUAACGCGUCCACUGAGUUUGCGUUAUUCAAGGAGAGAUUCCAGAGCAAGUACAGUCCAGAGGAAUUUUUACGACGUGCAAUCAAUUUUGAAAAUUCCCUCAAGAGGCACACAGUUCUAAACGCACCUUCUGAGCACCGAAACUGCUCAGCCAGAUAUGGUGUCAAUCAGUUUUCCCACCUUUCCCCCCAGGAGUUCAGAGAGUUGUACCUAAAUGCCCAGGCUGAGCCAGUCGCUCAGUAUUAUAACAGUAGACAAAACCAGACCCGCCAUGUUGGGAGAGAGCUGCCCACCCGCUUUGACUGGCGCGAUGAGGGGAAAGUCGGCCCGGUGCAGAAUCAGGGAUCAUGUGGGGGAUGCUGGGCCUUUAGCAUUGUUGGGGCGAUAGAAUCAGCCCAGGCCAAAGAUGGCGGCUCCUUGGAGGAGCUGAGUGUGCAGCAGGUCAUCGACUGCUCUUACAAGGACCAGGGCUGCGAUGGAGGCUCCACCAUACGGGCCCUUGGCUGGCUUAGGGAGACCCAGGUGAAGCUGGUGAAGAAGUCUCACUAUCCAUAUAAGGGAACAUCUGGAAUUUGCCAUUAUUUUGAUCAUUCAGAGUAUGGCGUUUCAGUCACCAAUUUUGAGGCCUAUGAUUUCAGUGAAGAGGAGGAGCUGAUGAAACAGUGGCUGGUGGACUACGGGCCUCUGGUGGUUACCGUGGACGCCGUCAGCUGGCAGGACUACCUGGGUGGCAUCAUCCAGCACCACUGCUCCAGCCACUAUGCCAACCACGCAGUACAAGUCAUCGGAUACGACACCACGGGUGAUGUGCCAUAUUGGAUCGUACGGAACUCCUGGGGCGCUUCCUGGGGUAUCGACGGCUACGUACACAUUAGAAUCGGCAGCAACCUGUGUGGUAUUGCAGACACGGUGGCAGCGGUGUUUGUGUGAUGAGCACAAGUGCUUCAGGAGAUCCAAGGGGCAUGAGGCCAGCGACUUGGAACUUCAUCAAAGGGACCUAAAGUCACACUACCAGGCCUAGUACCAUGUUGACCAGGACAGAACACAGAUAAGGAUGGCAGCAGUGUGUGUGUGUGUGUGUGUGUGUGUGUGUGUGUGUGUGUGUGUGUGUGUGUGUGUG